AUGGCUUCUUUAUUUCGACCCGUCUCCAUUUCCACAAAAUUUGCUAGGGCAUUUUCGUCGUCAAGUGCUCGUUUGGACUUGAACAAGGUUCAACUCAUUGGACGCGUUGGUGCAGAUCCCACAGUGACUGAAUUUGCACAAGAUCGUCGUGUUGUCAACUAUACUGUAGCAACUUCUGAAACCCGACCUGACAAAGAAGGUAACCUGGUUAAGCGAACACAAUGGCACCGUAUCACGUCUUGGACCGCGGCAGACUGGCUUCCUGAAAAGGUCAAGAAAGGUGACCUCGUCUAUGUGGAAGGAAGCCUUCGUUAUAACGACUAUACGGAUCGGGAAGGUGUUUCGCGCACCAAGGCAGAGAUCCAUCAAUCAACAUUCAGAUUGCUUGGCCGACCUUCCUCUUCGCGUGACGAGGAAUAA